AUGAAGACAGUGUCAAAGGUGAAAGAGGCUCGGCGGCUGCUGAAAAAGCCUCAGGUGCAGAAGUUCGACGGCUCUCUUCACACUCAGAAGUUCUGGUGUUACUGCUGCGGACUCGAAGUGGAGAAAAACGUGACGGACGGAAACAUGAUGGUGCUCUUUGCUGGACUCAUCGAGCACAUGGCAACGCCGGAGCACAGGAAGAACACUCACACGUUCUGGUGGCAGAACAAAGCAGAACAGAAGCUCAAAGACAAGUUCCUUUUCUCCAAAGAGGAAGUCGACAGGUUCAAGGCCGAGGUGCAGACGGCGCUGGGCUCCUUUGUGGAGGAGGAGGAGGACUUCAUCAAACAGGAGGCAGAAUGUAUCCGUCUGCAGGAGAAGCAGCGGCAGGAGAUCCUCAUGUCUCUGUCUGAGGUUUGUUUGUAUCCAACAUAG